GUAGUUGAACAAACAUGAUCAAUUAAUUGGUGGUGCAUUUAGUUACAUUAAUACAAAGAGUGUCACUUUAACUCAUGGCUGAAGGUCCAACUCACAAAUCUCUACAUCUUGUUUUCACUCCGAUUUUAUUCUGAGAGUUCUGUGUCUCUGCUGCUUUAAAGCUUCUUGAUUCCUCUAAAAUGCAUCUAAGAAUUGUCCACAGGAGAAGAUUGCCUACCCUUCCUGGACACUGACUGAUGCUGCUGCUCACCCUCUGCUUAUUGCUGAUGUAUUUUCCAGAAAUGGGCAGUGAGUUGCCAGGGACAGUAGCGAUGCCGGGAGCAGUUGGGUCUGGCCAGGUGAGGAUGGGAGGAGCCGUACAAGGCCGUGGGGGCAAAAGAAGAUCAGGAGGAAUGGACUUUGAUGAUGAAGAUGGAGAGGGACCGAGCAAAUUUUCAAGGUAUGAUGAUGAUCAGAUUCCUGGUGGGGAUAAGGAGAGAUAUGCCAGAGAGAACCACAGUGAGAUUGAGAGACGCCGACGCAACAAAAUGACCCAGUACAUCACUGAGCUGUCAGACAUGGUCCCUACCUGCAGUGCCCUGGCCCGAAAACCUGAUAAGCUGACCAUCCUGCGCAUGGCUGUCUCCCAUAUGAAAUCCAUGAGAGGCACUGGCAACACAUCCACUGACGGAGCCUAUAAGCCCUCCUUUCUCACUGAACAGGAACUGAAGCACCUGAUCCUGGAGGCAGCGGAUGGCUUUUUGUUUGUGGUUGCUGCAGAGACGGGCCGGGUCAUCUAUGUGUCAGACUCUGUGACACCGGUGCUGAACCACCCACAGUCAGAGUGGUUCGGCAGCACUCUGUACGAACAGGUUCACCCCGACGAUGUGGACAAGCUGAGAGAACAGCUUAGCACUACAGAAAACUCAAUGACAGGGCGGAUUCUGGACCUGAAGACAGGAACAGUGAAGAAGGAGGGACAGCAGUCCUCCAUGAGGAUGUGUAUGGGCUCCCGACGCUCCUUUAUCUGCCGCAUGAGGUGCGGCAGUGCUCCUUUGGAUCACAUCUCCCUAAACCGCCUGUCUAACAUGAGGAAGAGAUACAGGAACGGUCUUGGUCCCUCAAAAGAAGGAGAGGCUCAGUACUCUGUAGUGCAUUGCACUGGCUACAUCAAAGCCUGGCCCCCUGCAGGCAUGACUAUACCAGAAGAAGACACAGAGGCAGGUCAGACGGGGAAAUACUGCCUAGUGGCUAUUGGAAGACUGCAGGUAACCAGCUCCCCAGUUUCUAUGGACAUGAAUGGUCUGUCGGUUCCCACAGAGUUCCUGUCACGUCAGAACUCGGACGGUGUCAUCACUUUUGUCGACCCGCGCUGCAUCAAUGUCAUUGGUUAUCAGCCUCAGGACUUACUGGGGAAAGAUAUUCUAGAGUUCUGCCAUCCUGAGGACCAGAGUCACCUGAGAGAAAGUUUCCAACAGGUGGUGAAAUUGAAGGGUCAGGUCCUGUCAGUGAUGUAUCGUUUCCGGAUGAAAAAUAGGGAGUGGAUGCUGAUCCGAACCAGCAGCUUCACCUUCCAGAACCCAUACUCUGAUGAGAUCGAGUACAUCAUCUGCACCAACACCAACGUCAAGCAGUUACAGCAGCAGCAGGCAGAGCUAGAGGUUCACCAGAGAGAUGGACUUACUGCCUACGAUCUUUCCCAGGUACCCGUGGCCAGCGUCAGCAGUGGAGUGCAUGAGGCAGGGAAGAGCAUUGACAAGACAGAAGCCCUGUUCUCCCAGGAGAGAGACCCACGCUUUGCUGAGAUGUACACCAGCAUCUCUGGCUCGGGCGAUAAGAAGAUGAUGGUUCCCUCCUCUACAGCUGGAGGUCAACAGCUGUACUCCCAGAGCUCUCCCUUUCAGCAGGGACACUCUGGCAAAAGUUUCAGUUCUUCUGUGAUCCAUGUCCCUGGUGUGAACGACAUCCAGCCAUCUGGCUCAUCUAAUCAGAAUCUAGCUCAAAUCUCAAGACAGCUUAACCCAGGCCAAGUGGCAUGGUCAGGCAACCGGCCCCCCUUCUCUGGACAGUCCAGCAAAGCCCAGUCAAGUCCAUUUGGUAUUGGUUCUGGCCACAGCUACCAGACUGACCCGGCCUCCUACAGUCCCUUGUCUUCCCCAGCCACUUCUUCUCCCAGUGGCAACGCCUACUCAGGACUGACAAACCGCAGCACAGCUUUUGAUGUGUCGGGCGAAAGCAGUCAAAGUGGAGCCCAGUUCCAGGGUCGUCCCAGUGAGGUCUGGUCCCAGUGGCAGAACCAGCAUCACUCUCAGCAGGCCGGAGAACAACACACACAUCCCAACCCCAGCCAGACGGAAGUCUUUCAGGACAUGUUACCCAUGGCUGGAGAUCCCACCCAGGGAACAGCUAACUAUAACAUUGAGGACUUUGCCGACCUCGGCAUGUUCCCACCCUUCUCUGAGUAAUCCCUUCCCCUCUCCAUCAUUCUUCCUUUCAAAACUGGACUGAUGUUUGCAUUUAUCUCUCAUGUUCUGUCUCAUUUUAUGUAUAGCUGGAUCACCAACACACAUCCAUGUGCAGCACGGUGAAUGUCUGGGUGAACUUAUCAUUGACACACAUACAAGCACACAGUGCACUAAUGUUUGGGCUCCACGGCCUGCACUAUGUAUCUGUGAACAUACACGUACCUCAUCGCUGCAAAGACGAACACUACUGUCAUAUGGAAGGACCGCCGUCAGCCAACCUUGAUCAGCUGUUAUGUCUGUCAUCAUCAUGGGCAUUGUUUGAAGCUGUCUGGACAAAUGAUGCAAUCUGUGACAUUUAGGUCACUGAGACUGCUCUCUGCAGUCAGCAUCAGCAAGACUGGCCUGGUGAUUAUUACAUUAUCUGUCAGUAUAUGUAUAGACGAGGGUCAGUAUUAUCAUUUUAGAUUUCUCUCUUUAUGAUUUGAUAAAACUUUUCAAAUGUUUUCCUCAAGAAGUCUACAUCCACAGUUUUCACAUAUUUAUGUCUGCCAGCAUCCAUGCAGAUCACCAAACCUAUGUCUGUGCCAAAUGUGCAAAUGCAGCAGCCAGAGAGGUACAGCUGAAUGGUCCCACAUCUGCUGCGGUUUGGAGUUGGUUUGUUUUCUCGGGGCUUGUUUUCAGGAUGGAACAAGUACAUCUGAGCCAGAACUGAACCACAGAAACUGCUUUCAACAACAGAAGUGGAACCUUUGUCACAUUGUAAGAAGCAGGGUGAUUAUAUCAUGAAUUUACAUUUGCAUUAAUUUCCCAACAGUAAUUACUGCCAUAAUGCAGUCCAGCCUCCAUGUCACACUUUUAGUGUCAGUUCCUUUUCAUGCGAUUAAUUUAGCUCCGUAAUGUCUUUGGACAGUUGAAACAUGCUGCAGUUUUACUGCACAAUACCUUCAUAUUUAGUUUAACUGUAACCAGAGAAAGUGAAACCAUGUUAAUUAAUCAUAACUUAUCAAUUGAACAAAUAAUAUGACUCCUCUUGCAGCUGGCCUGAGCUUUCGGAAACACUGGCUUGCUCUGUGCAUUAUUUGGAUUGUUUUGUUUGUUUGUUUUUUCAGAUCUUUCUGAUUGAAUAUGUGUACCUCUACACUUUGGACACAGCCCUACAGAGCUGAAUGCACUCACAUGCUGCUGCAGGUCUCAUCACAGACUCAACAGUCCCAUUCAGCAAACAGUUGCUGUAAUAACUGAUGCACUAACAAUCCUUUUACUGUCCAGCGGGAUUAUAUUGUAGUGUGAGGACAGAGGUUAAUACAUGGACACACAGUUUAGACAGCAGUGUGGAAAUAACAUGCAUUCGGUGGUACAUUUGACCUGCUAAUGGCGUCCAUGUGAGGGCUGUCACAGCUCGUAUGAUCUGACACUUAAUGUGACACAUGCUUUUAGUUAUCAGGAAAAUGUUUUCCACGAACAAGUAUGGUUUGUGUUCAGUCAUGUUGGCACCUAUUCAUAACUGAGACAAAACACAGAACACAGUAGACACGCAGCACACUCAAAGACCGUAUGCAUAGUUCUACUUUUAGAGUUUAGGUCGAGGUCUUUAUUCAGACGGUGCGGCUCUUUCCUGAUAGUGCAGCAUGAACAGUAUGAUCACAGACCAGUAGGUCCUUCUCUGCUUCACACCUGGACUGACUGCAGAGAGCAUCAAUUAACAACAUUAUUGAUGUACAUUUACAAGAGUUACCAACACUACCUGUUCGCAUAAACACAGAGUCAGAUAUAUGUAAGUGUUGAAGAUUAACACCUCCAUCUGUCUGGUGCCGCUUUUUGCACACCAUCACCGACUGCUAAACAGUAGAGGGAGAGGAGAAGCUGCUCAUCUCCACCUGCUGCCGUCAUAUCUCUCUCCAUCCACCUUAUUGUGUAACCUAUAUGUAGUGAUGUCCUGAACUCUAGAAAAUAACUUUAUGCGAGUAUAGAAGGAUUCUAUGUAUAAAUGAAACAACUUUUUUUUUUUUUUUUUUCCAAAAAAAGUCAUUGCAGACAGUUGCUAAGCUAAGGCUUAAAGUGCACUUCAUGAAGCUAACUGCUAAUCACACCAGCCUGCUUUAAAAGGGAAGAACCGCCAUACCGUCCAAGCAAAGCGCAGUAUUUACUAGUGUAUUUGGUGUUCUUCAGCUCUCGCUACUUGACUUUAUUACUUUAUAAUCUUUUCAACAAUUAAGAGACUGAAUAAUACUUUCUAGUUGGGGAGCUUUUACAUGAUAGAUUGUAUAAUGUCUCUGACAGAUGAGAGAACCUUCAGACAUUAGAGUCCUUUUGCUAAAGAUCUCAAAUUGAUGUUUUUUGUAAAUAAUGUGAUUUUUAUGUCAACUCGUGUUAAUUUCACACAGUACAUUUUUGUGUAGGUUUUAACGAUAUUGUGUGCAGUGUGAGUACGUAUUUAACUAUCGGUAUUUAGUUAGAUGAUUAAUUGUACAUUGAGUUCUAGACCUGUAUAAAUUGUGUAAAUGUGACCCAUUACUUUUGUGUAACAAAUCGUGCUUGUGACAAUAAAUUCUUUUUGGUUAUGUGGCUUCCA